UGUUCCAAGUAAAUGUUAUGCUAUAACAUGCAUACAUGUCAUGUCCACACAUGCAUGCAUACUUAAACGGUAGUAAAUGUUCGUCCCAAUUGUAACGCAGAUUGAAUUACAAUUAACUAUACCCACUACGCCACUAAGCAUUCAUUAUUUCACAAAGAGGUGUCUAAUGAGUUUCCUAUGUAAUAGCUUUAGUCCUUUCACUCUUAUCAUUUACAUGUAACAGUCAAGGCUCCAAGUAUCUCUAUAUAAACUCUCUAAGGUCAUCUCUCACUUCUCAUCACAAACAAAAAAAAAAUCUCAACCAUACUCACUUCCUAAUCUCUCUAAUGGCUAUCAAUUCAAGAUUUGUGGUUGCAUACGCUGUGACGCUCAUGAUCAUGGUAGCUUCUUCCACAGUGACAUCUCGACCUCUCAUGAAACCAACCGUGGCUGCAGCACUUUCUCCUUCCACAAGUCUUGUGUACCGUCUCAGGCUUGAUGAAGAAACAGGUUACUGCUGGGACUCACUGAUGCAGCUUCAACACUGUUCUGGAGAGCUGAUCUUGUUCUUCCUCAACGGUGAGACUUACAUUGGACCUGGGUGUUGCAGUGCAAUAAGAACCGUGGGGCGCAAGUGUUGGACUACUAUGAUUGGUGUUCUUGGUUUCACUCCUCAAGAAGGUGAUGUUCUCCAAGGUUACUGUGAUGACGACCAGGAUUCUGGCAAGAUUGGUGAUGAACAUGCUCUUGCCUCCUCACCACUGCCUUUCUCCCUUAAGUUUAAGCCUAGUAAUGUUGUUAGAUCUUCUAACCCUUGAAUCCGGAGCUUAUGUAUUAUUUUUCUGAGAGAAACUUCAUAUAUGUAAUAGGAGAGGAAUGUUGAGAGAGCAAUCGCUUCUCUGUUAUUACUCGAGAA